AUGCUGAAGGAACAUGUUGAUGCCGAGCAGGCUGUUUUUCUGCUUGCUGACAAGGGCACGGCGCUGGAUGCUCAGUCUUGGCCUGCCCUCAUGAAGCAAACCAGAGGCCACGGUGACUACAUAGAUGUCAAGGUCGUACUGAAAGAAAGGUCUAAUGUUCGUGAUAAGUUGAACGCCAUGUAUUCUGGAAAGGAUAAAUAUUUUGCUCAGCCGUGGGAUUCAACAUGGAUCAAAGCUCCUAAGAGGGCCUCCAUUGUUGAUGUUCUGAAUGCUUACAACUUACCGUGGGAAACGGAUGAGGUCAAUAUGAACCCAAUUCUUGUUCGAUUUGAUGGCUCAUUUUUUUAG